UUUCUGCGGAGAGCUCAGGGAAGCCGUUUGAGAACUACGUUCAGGCACUCCAGGGGCGGGGCCCAGGCAAAGUACCGUCCCAGAGACCGUCUAGAGCAGAGGGGGUGGGGACUGCCCGCGCAAGCGACUCAACCCUGCUGAGAGGUGGAGACUUAGGCUGGCUUUCCCUCACAAGCACAGAAAUGCUAUGGAUCUGGGCUGUCCUCUCUCUGGUACUUGCUGGAUCACAAGAGGCUGAUAGCAUCUCUGAGGAAUCGAAGUUGAGGAGGAGUGUCAGUGAAACUGAGCCUAACUGCCCAGAAGGAUUAUACCGUGGGGGCCAAUUUUGCUGUCAACCAUGCCAGCCUGGUGAACGAAAAUAUUUGGACUGUACAACCAGUGGCGGUAAACCAAGCUGCCUUCCCUGCAAAGAAGGGAAGGAAUAUAUGGACAAGGAACAUUAUUCUGAUAAAUGCAGAAGAUGUACAUUCUGUGAUGGAGAGCAUGGUUUAGAAGUGGAAACAAACUGCAUCCGGACCCGGAAUACCAAAUGCAAAUGCAAAUCCAACUUCUAUUGCAAUGCUUCUGUCUGUGAACACUGCGAUCCCUGCAUCUCGUGUGAACAUGGAAUCCUUGAGAGGUGCACAUCAACCAGCAACACCAAAUGCAAGCAAAAAAGUUCCAGUCAUCAUUUACUAUGGCUGCUCAUCAUCCCCAUUUUGAUACUAUUGCUUGGGAUUUUAUAUAAAAAGUAUUGGAGAAAAUGUCAUCAUGACCCUGAAUCUGGGACUGCAAAUUCUGAAGACAUGCCAAUGAAUCUUCCAGACGUUGACUUGCGUAAAUACAUCCUGAAUAUUGCCGAAGAAAUGUCGUUAGAUCAAGUGAAGACAUUUGUCCGGAAGAAUGGGGUGUCUGAGGUGAUGAUAGACGAGAUCAAGAACGACAAUCUCCAACACACAGCUGAGCAGAAAAUCCAGUUGCUUCAGUGGUGGUAUCAAGUUCAUGGGAGGAAGGAUGCAUAUUGCACUUUAAUUAAAGGCCUCAGAAGAAUGAAAUGCUAUGCUCUUGCAGAUAGAAUGCAGGCCAUAAUCCAGGCGGACAUUGAAAAUGCAACUGCAGACACCAGAAAUGAAAAUGAAUGAAAGACAAAGACUCAAGUGAAAUCUACCUCAGUUCCAACGAGAGAGAGAGAGAGAGAGAGAGAGAGAGAGAGAGAGAGAGAGAGAGAGAGAGAGAGAGAGAGAAUCUUUUAAAUCAGCACUGUGGCUGAUGUCUGAGUCAGGAGCAUUGCUGUGAAUUCAAGGCCAGACUGUGCCACAUAGUGAGCUCUGGACUAGCCUUGUCUUAAAAAUAACAAAAGAAAAAAAAAAAGAAAAAAGAAAAAAACAAAGCAAAGAAGAACAUUUUAAACAAUGGAAAUGUUUAAAAAUGACUUUUUGUUGAGAAUAUUUUCUAUUUCCUUAGAUUUGAAUGUAGGGAUAUAGCCCCACCCAUUGGGGGCGUCUUCGCCUCGGGCUAAUGUUUACUGAUAAAUCUGCAGGGCAUGAUCCCAGCAGCCCCUUUUCUCUGCUUUUCCUGUUCUCCGCGGAAACCUGUGGUCCUGUAAGUCUAUUUCCCUAUUAAAGCUGUAUAUAUUUUUAUAAUCUGUCUGCAUUCAUUUACGUCGUCACAUUUGAAGAGACAAUAUAUUUAUAAAAUGUGAAGAUUUCAUGAUUCUGUUUUGAGUAAUGUUGAAAUGCAUGUGGAGGAUGGACAGGAACAAGAGCAGCUGUGGUAGUGAUUUAUGUACCCACAUAGAAGUCUACACAGAAGCAUAUAAACUUUAAUAUCAUGCUCUGGCCUUGAGUGUGGAUGGUGUGUGCUGGCCUGUGACGGACCAUCCUGCUCCGUGGCCAUAGAAGGCAAGAGGUUGGCUAUAAAGUCACACACACUGUAAAGGUUGUUUUGUCCCAACCCAACUCCAGGAUAAUCGUAGAGAUUUUACCAUAUGCAGAGACUUGGCUAGUCAUCCUUAGAAUAUACACAUGCAAAGCUUGCGUGUAUAUUUAAAUGCAGAAUUAAAUAAGGUUCUGUUGCAAAGAUUUUUUUGUGUGUGUGCAGACCAUUGGUGUUUGUGAAGUAAUAUUUCUGAUUUAAAUUUGUGUGGAAAAUGUGGAAUAAAUCUGAAUGAUUGAAUAUAUUAUAUUUAUAUAUCACUUUAUACUUCCAAAACAAUUUGCUUGUUUCUCGGGUGUCAAAAGUGCCUUUUUUAAAAAUAGGAGUGUAUUUCUCCAGCCUCACUACCUCUCAGUUUUCUCCUUGUUUAACUUGAUACAAACAUAUCCACUCCUAAACUUGGAAACUUUUCUAAAGAGAUAAUUACCCCCCCCCCCAAAAAAAAAACAGAACUGCCUUGGAAAUUCUAAUCUGAUUCAGGAAAGCUACAUUACUUUUCCAGGGGUAGGUU